AGGAACAUGCAACCUUGAGGCAUUUUUUCAUUUAAAGCUCUUCACCUCCAGGAGAGAAAAAAGUUCUAAAAUGGUACUUCCUUUCAACGAAAAAAUAACAGUAGUUGAUUUGGAAUUAAGUAACAAAAAUUUUAUAUCAACGAUCGAAUCCGAUGUACAGAAAACAAACCCAAGAUCGAUUUCUUUCGAUAGGUAUAUUUACCCCAGUGAUUAUUGCUUGGCAGAAUUUUCAUCCAGAGUUUAUUCAGAACAGGGAAAUUGUGCAGAUCCCCUUGGACAAGGUUGGGUUUUAUUGAUGACUGCGAGCAACAAAGAUGACGGAUAUUUUGGCGCCGCUUAUUGGAACAGCGAGUGUAAACAAGUUGUUAUCGCACACAAAGGCACACAGAACCCAUACGAUCUCUGGGCAGAUUAUCAAGGCAUUUUAUCGAACGAAUACACUUCUCAAAUGAAUUCUGCUGCUACUUUUUCCCAUUAUGUAGCAACCAUGAUAAAGCAACUUAAUAAGAAGUAUUCAACAAACUUGACUCUUUCUGUUACUGGGCAUUCACUUGGCGGAUGGUUGGCGCAAGUUUCGGCUUUUACCAUUCAAUACCUUGUUCCUCAGUUUUUCGAUUAUAAAGGUUACAUUUUCGUUAAAAGUAAAGAAGAAGGCUGUCAUACUCAUACGGUGGCUUUUGAUAGUCCUGGAUGCAAAGAUAUGUUGUUGAAAAUGGAAAGUGACUUUGAUGUGCGUUACAGCGGCAAGCCCCAUUCGUCUUUCUUUUUAGAUGUCACAAUUUACCUUUCAGCACCAAAUUUGGUCAAUACCCUUCACUCCCACCUUAACGUUGGCAACUUAUUCCGUGUUUUUAUCGAAAACUUACCGUCAAGAACAUCUACUUGGGAUCUUUUUCAAUACACGAGUGAAACGCACAGUAUUCAAAAAAUUAAAAGGGUAUUUGUUUCCGAACGAAACAGCGAAUCAAGGGAGAAGAUAAUGAAGGUUGUAGAUUGGCCACUGGUGAACGAAGGGUUGGGUGGAAUAGUGCUUAAGAAAUUAUUCACUUCAAACCAAAACGAAUACGAACGUUUUCAUGAAUUAGCAAAUUGUACUAAUUAUUACAAUCCUUCUACUGGUAGUGAUGAGUAUUGUGCUCUCCGUUAUCAAGUUCAGGUUUUUAAUAAAGAAGAAUGUAGUGCUAAUAUUUUUACACACCCAGAGUUUGAAUUUCUGAACGGAUAUAAAAUUCUAAAAAAAUUCUCACUGUUUUCCACCGUUGACGACUUAUUAUUUUCUCUUGAGGAAAUGGCGAAAGGAGAAAUAAUUAAAGUCGAAGUGGAAGAAAUACUAAAAUAUUUUGAGAUAGAAGAAGGGGAAGGGAGAGGUGUUAUUAAGUGUAGUUCGAUAGAACAACUUCAAAAAUUGAUUACUUGUGUCAAAAAUAUCCUGUUUAUUUGUCCAAAUAUGCACACUAAAAUAAAAGAUGCGUUGAAGAAUUGGGAUGUCUAUAACGUUGUUUACAAAACGCAAUCUCUUGAAUAUCUUCAUUCGAUUAAAUGUAUUGAGUUUGAAGAUGCAACUAUGAAAUAUCUUGUUGAUUUUCUUAAAAGUACUGACUUGCAUUUUUUGCAAGUAAUAAGUAAAGCGCAUGCGCUGAUAGAAGUAAAAAGAAUACACAAGGUUAUAAAUAAGACAGCAAAUGACUAUGAAACGUUUUUUCUAAGCCUGACGAAAUUUCAAAAUUUAGAACAGUUUUUUCCAGUGACUAACUUUUUAAAACAGUCAGAUAAAAGCAUCCCCAUGCUUUUUGUACUCGAUUAUGAUUUUGAGCCCAGACAAGCAACUAACUUAUUUAUUAAAUUAUUCAAUGCUUUUGAAGGUAGACCUAAAACUAAAUUCAUUUUGGUUUCUCAACAAAUGAACACUUUAGAAAAUAUUUUGGAAUUUAAUAAUAAUCUGUACCAUGAAAUGAUGGAUUAUUAUGAUACGAAACUUGACGAUUUAACCGCAGAUUCACAGCGAGAAAUUUUGGAGAAAAAAAUUUAUUUUCAAGGAGAGGAGUUAAGUUUGGGUUCCCUGGUAGUAGGAGAUUUGAAACAUUUAAUAAAUGACGAAAUUUUAUCAAAACUAAUCAACAAUGACGCAAUCGAGGUUGGUAAAGCCCUUCCUGACUUAGGAGAUGUUGAGAAUUACUACAUUGAUCGAACUUUUAAUCGUUGUGUAAACGUUGAUAAAAAUAUUAAAGAGUCUAAUGAAUUUUAUAUUACUGAUAAUAGUCAAAUUGAUAAAUCUGAAUUUAAACCGGGUCAAGAUAUAGUGUUAAUAUCUAGGAUAGAAGAACAUUUUAUUGAACUAUGCAAUGAAAACGAAGACCUUAAUGUUCAUUGGCUGACAGAAGAUAAUGAAUGUUUUGUAUGGCAAAAAUCUCGUGGUGCUUUAUCAAACUUACGAGAGUUUAUAGAUGUAAAUACAGACAAUGUUGCAGACUGUGAUAUAGAGGGCUCUGUAGUAAUUAUAAGUUCAGUAUCUGGUGCUGGUAAAUCUACUGCAUUGACGAAACUGGCGCAAAAUAUUAAAAAACGUGAUCCUGCCUUGUGGGUUGUGAAAAUUACCUUGAAUAAUUAUACAGAGAAGCUAUCAAAUGAAGAAUUUGGCAAAGAUAAAAGCGAAAUUGUUACAUUUUUAGCAGAUAUGGCGAAUUUAACCACAAUUUUAGAACGCAAAUUAUUCGAACAUAGACUGAAUCACCAAGGUAGAGUUGCUCUGUUACUUGAUGGAUUCGAUGAGAUUGUUCCUGAUUAUAAAAAGAAGAUUCUUGAGCUAAUAGACAUUCUAAAGGCAACUAAAAUCGAAAAGCUUUGGAUUACUACCCGUCCACACUUGAGAAGUUUAUUGGAAGAUAAACUAUGCGUACUAUCAUAUACACUAAAACUGUUAUCUGAAAAAGACCAGUUAAUGUUUUUUAAAAAAUAUUGGAAAAAAUCUCUGGGUAUUACUUUUACCGAUGAAAUGUAUUUCGAAAAAUUUGUCAAAAAGUUACUUCACAGUAUAUCAGAGCCAAUGUCUGAUGAAUCUAAAGAAUUUACUGGAAUACCAUUGCAUACCAAAAUGAUGGCAGAAGCUUUUCAAGAAGAGUUUAAGAAUUCUAAUCAUCACAUAAAUCAAAACGAAUCAGUCUUUCCCCAGAAGCUGAAUUUAUUUGGUCUAUAUCGAGCUUUUAUUCAGAGCAAGUUCAAACGCCAUUUUGCGGAAAAAGGUAUCAUGGAUUUUACGAAACCGGGGUAUCACAAUAAAUUACUAUUCUCUUCCUUUUUAGAGCGAUAUUCCUUAUUAGCUUUAAAUUCUCUUUUCUCUGAAGAUGAUUUAAAUAAGUUUCUUAAUGAAUAUGAGAUGGAUAAUUUGUGUAAGUACCUAGAACAAGUAAACGAAGGGGAAGAAAAUUUAGGUUUCAUCAGUCAUAUAUUCGGCGCCAAGCCAAUAUUUAUUCACUACAGUUUCGCUGAAUACUUCGCUGCUCUUUUCUACUCUAACAACAUAAAAAGGGAAAAAGUGAAGGAGUUUGUAUGUGAAAGAAUAUGUUCCCUUGGGACAGUAUUGAGAAGUGAUUUAACGCGCAUGUUUUUCGAUUAUAUGGUUGCUGACGAUGAAGAUAAAUGUAAAGUGCACAUAGCUGUUUUAAACAAUGACAGAGAUAAACUUGAAGAGUUAUUACCAUGUGUAGACACAAGAAGUUUGGACAUCAAUUCUACUGACAGAGUAGGAAGAACGGCUCUCCACUUAGCUACUGCGUAUGGUUACUUCAAUAUCACGAACUUUCUAUUAAAUCGGGGUUGCGAUGUCAACACUAAAGACCAACUUUUUGGUCUUACUCCUUUGGGAUACGCUGAUAAAAGUAAUAAUUGGAUUAUUGCUGAAUCACUUCUCGAAAAAGGAGGGAAUGCUGUCGACUUGUGUGAAGCAAAGAAAAUCCUUGAAAACUUCGUUUUUGAUAAUAUACUAGAUAAUAAAACGACAUUAUUGCAUGUAGCAGCAAGAAAGGGAUUAAAAAAGUUUCUUAAUGCUCUGUUAGAUGACACACCUAACCUGAUAAAUGCGAAAGACUGCUAUGAUCGUACACUUCUUCACAUAGCUAUCGAUGAAGAACACGAAGAGAUUGCUAAAAUUUUAAUAACUAGAGGAGCUGACAUUAAUGCUAGAUAUGCUUUGCACACUCCUCUUCACAUAGCUGUUGAAAAAGGUCACGAGGAGCUUUCGAAGCUUUUAUUAUCAGGAGGAGCUGAUACUGAGAUCGGUGAUCCUUGUAUGUAUACAGCUCUUCAUGUAGCUAUUGGUAAAGGUUACAAAGAGCUUGCGAAGAUUUUAAUAGCCCAUGGAGCCAAUAUUGACGCCAAAAUUUCUCGCGGUAGUAGCCCUCUUCACUUAGCUAUCGUAAAAGGUUACGAGGAGAUAGCAAAGCUUUUAGUUACACGAGGAGCUGAUAUUGAAGUUAAAGAUGCAAAUAAUUUUACUCCUCUUCCAAUAGCUAUCUUUAAUGGGCAGGAGGAGGUUGUGAAGCUUUUAACAGCCCGAGGAGCUCAUUUUAAAUCUAAAGAUCCCUUAUACGGUGAGAUCCCUUUAUCCACAGCUAUGUUCUUAAUAAAUCAAGGAGUUAAUCCCAAAGCUAGAGACGGCUUUGGUCGUACCCCCCUUCACAUAGCUAUUCUUAAAGGAUACGAGGAAAUAGCUAUGUUUUUAAUAGCAAAAGGGGCUGAUAUUGAGGCUAAAGAUUAUAGUGGUCGUACUCCCCUGGAUAUAGCUGUUUACAGGGGGGAGAAAGAUAUUGCUGAGCUUUUAAUUGAACGAAGAGCUGAUAUUGAAGACAAAGAAACUCAUGGCUAUACACCUCUUCACAUAGCUGUCAACAGAGGUGACAAGGUGGCUGUUGAGCUUUUAAUAUCUCGAGGAGAUUAUAUUGAGGCUAGAAAUCUUCGUGGUGCUACCCCUCUACACAUAGCUAUAGGCAAAGGACGCCAGGAGAUAGCUAAGCUUUUAAUACCACAAGUAAUGAACAUUGAAGCUAAGGAUGCCGAUGGUUAUACUCCUCUCCAAUUGGCUACCCUUAAGGGUCACAAGGAUCUUGUUAAGCUUUUAAUCACUCGUGGAGCAGAUUUUAAAACUAAAGAUCACUGUGGUUGCACCCCUCUUCACGUCGCUAUUCGUAAAGGUUAUGAGGAAGUUGCCAGUGUCUUAAUAACACGAGGAGCUGAUACUGAAGCCGAAGAUCCCGGUGGCUACACCCCUCUUCACAAAGCCAUCGAUGAAGGUCACGUGGAAGUUGCAAAGCUUUUAAUAACGCGAGGAGUUAAUAUUGAAACCAAAGAUCCUUGUGGUUAUACCCCUCUUCAGAGAGCUGUCGAUAAAGGUUACGUGGAGGUUGCAAGAAUGUUGAUAACACGAGGAGCUUAUAUUGAAGCCAAAGACCCUACAGGAAAUACCCCUCUACAUGUAGCUAUCGGUGAAGGCCACGAAGAACUGGCUAAGCUUUUGAUACGAAGAGGGGCUGAUAUUGGAACUAAAGAUUCUUCUGGCAAUACCCCUCUUCACACAGCUAUUUGCGAAGGUUACAAGAAAAUAGUUAAACAAUUGAUAAGAAGAGGGGCAGAUAUUGAAGCUAAAGACUCUCGUGGUUGGACCCCUCUUCACACAGCUAUUCUUGGAAGUCACGAAGAGAUAGCUAAGCUUUUAAUAACACAAAGUGCUGAUAUAACAGCUAAAAAUACUUUUGGUUGCACACCUCUUCACUUAGCCGUUCUUGGAACUCACGAGGAGAUAGUUAGACUUUUACUAAAACGAGGAGCUGAUAUAGAAUCUAAAGACUCGUCAGGUCGUACCCCUCUUCACCUAGCUACUUUUAAUGGUAAGGAGGAGAUAUCUAAGCUUUUAGUAACACAAGGAGCAAAUAUUGAUGCUAAAGAUUAUCGGGGUCGUACUCCUCUGGACGUAGCUGUUGAUAACGGUCAAAAAGAGUUCGCUGAGUUUUUAAUUAAACAAAGAGCUGCUAUUGAAGGCAAGGAUCAUAAUGGUAAGACAUCUCGUUGCACAGCUAUCAGCGAAAGUUACGCAGAGAUUGCUAAGCUUUUAAUGAUCCGAGGAGUUUGUAUUCAAGACAAAUAUCCUUAUGAUUCCACCCCUCUACACAUAGCUAUCAUUGAAGGUCUCGGGGAUAUUGCUAUGCUGUUAAUAAAGCAUGGGGCAUAUAAUAAUGUCAAAGAUCUUCGUGGUAAUAGCCCUCUUCACAUAGCUAUCCGUGGAGGUCACGUUGAGUUUGCUAAGCUCUUAAUAACAGGAAAGGCUGAUAUUGUAGAUAGAGAUCUUAGUGGUUAUACCCCUCUACACCUAGCUAUUGAUGAAGAUCAAGAGGAGAUUGCUGAGCUUUUAAUAAGACAUGGGGCUGAUAUUGAGGCCAAGAAUCCUUUUGGUAACACACCUCUUCAUUUAGCUAUCUGUGAAGGUCAGAAGAGGAUUGCUAGGCUAUUAUUAGAACGAGGGAGUAAUGUAGAAGCUAAAGAUUUUCGCGGUCGUACCCCUCUUCAAGCAGCUAUCGUUGAAGACCAAAGGGAGAUCGCUAAGCUUUUAGUAACAAGGGGAGCAAAUAUUGAAGCUAGAAAUUCUUUCGGUCGCAUUCCUCUGGACAUAAUACAUAGGUGCCGCAAGGAAAUUGCUUCAAUAAUAAGAAGAGCUAACAGGGCAAAAUACCUCAAUGGACCCAAUGCCACAAGCUCAUGAUCACGAAUUAUUAUUAAACAAAAUAUCAACAUAUUUAAAGAAUAAAAAUAUUGCAUCUUGAUCUAGUGCUGAAUAUUGAGUUCAGUCGUUCUCUUUCCUAAACUGUAUGAAAAACUUUUUUUUACAAUUUAGCAGUAAAAUGAAGCAUAUGAUGCAAGAUUCAUAUGAUACAAGGCGAUGAAGCAAGCGUGGAGGACAGCUUACUCUCGUGAGAGAAGAUGGAAGACUGAUAGAUGACCAUAGGAAUAGACCACCGGUCAUUCAUUACAGCUGAAUUACAACAAGGAUGGUCGUUUUGUCUGCCUACAUAAUAUGCGUUUCAAUUUAGCCCAAAGGUGUUCUAAGGGGUAUAAAUCACACUCAAUUCAUCAAAAUCGAUUGGAGCAGCUAUUCUGCUGGAGGAGAAAUCAGCUUUUCUCCGAAAUAUUGCCAUAGAAUUAGACAAUUUCCACCUGCAUCUCAGAGUUCACGUUUUCGCUCACAAGGACUAAAGGACUCAGACCAAAACAUGAGAAACACUCCCAUACCAUGAAAAGAUCAUCUAUAGUUUGUCUAAAGUAAGAACUCCCCUUGCCAUUCGUCUGAACCCGUGGCGGUGACUAUGGUUACGAGUUAUAACUAUUUCAAAUAGGUGUGUGGGGUCAUUGUAAGGGACAGGAUUUGGUUCGGGGUGGCGAGAGAAAGGGAAUCUACCCUCCCUGAAAUGCGCUGUUCUUGUUUCUAUAGCAGCAGACGACCUCAAACUUUAGGACGGGGGGAGCUCUUACCGUAGACAAACUAUACUUUAUUUUAAUGUCCGAUUACUUUUAGUCAGAUAGAGUAAAUGGAACCAUAAUUUUUACUAGUUAAGGUAAUCUUUAAGUGUUUUUAAUUUAAGUCAUUUUUCCAUAGGACACGAUUGUACAUUUUGUCAGAUGAACAUUCUAACAUGAAUUCUAUUAUGAAUAUUCUAAUGCGAAUAAUAUGAACCUCAAUAUGAAUUAUCUAAUUGUAAAUCUAAUUGUAAAUAAUUGUAAAUUGCAUUGUAAAAGGUAUUAAAUAACUUAUAGUAUUUACAUGGUUAAAGUAUGACUUAAAAUAUUGUGCUGUAAAUAUGUACACUUUAUAUGCGUAGUUAAUUCUUUUAUGUAUUAAUUACACUUGAUUUCGAAUGUACUCGAAGCUUUAUUUUGUUAAUACUUUUAUUACUCUCUUUGUCCUUAAUAGCGCAAACCGCAUUCAGAUCUGAUUAUAACCUAUUUAAUACCUUUGUCAAUUCUGGGUAAUGAAUUUGAAAUGUUUCAGUAACUAAUUGAUGUUACCUUAAUUUCUUUAUUUUUUUUAAAUUUACAAUGCGACAGGUUUGUGUUGUAAAAGAUUUAUAUUUUUUUUAUGUAUACUGUCCUAAUGGAACGUUGCAUUACAAUAGUUUUUAUGUUUUUUUCCAAUGUUUUCGAAAUUUUGCAUUUAUUCGCAUUACCUAUGUUGUACUUAUGUGUGUAUAUAGGUAUUACUAUUAGUAUUGAUUUAUGUACUGUGUAAUUAAUAUUACUAUUUAUUUAUGUACACAUUUACUUACAUAUUUAUUGGAAAAUUAGUUUGUGCAGUUACUAUUGGAAUAAUAACUAAUUUUGUGAUAGACUUUUUGAUGAGGAUUAUCUCACUCACAAGUAUUAUCUGUGUAGCUGCAGCACUGAAGAUAAAUGAUAAGAAACUACAUUGUUAAUGUAGAAAUGCAUGGCUCUAAGUCAUGUGCUUUUAAACCUUUAUGUAAUCCAGAGGUCGCCAAAGUGGUCUGUAUAGAUCCCCAGGGGUCUAUUUAACAAAAGCGGGGGUCGAUCGGAGACAGG